AUGUUCACAUUAGUCUCAUUAUCAAACUCCAAGUCGAUGAAGCAGCAGAGACUGCGCGAUCAGACACUGUUGGAACUACGAACAUCUAAACAUGAUCUUCAUAACUCACUGCUCGAUGCGAUACAACAUGAUAUAUCGGAUGCAGAUCAUAGACUCAAGAGGGAGUUGAUGCCUAUUGCUCUGUCAUUGGUAUGGUCCCUGAGGCAGUACAACAUGGAGUCAGGAGUAUCUUGGCAAGACUACUACAACAAACCAUGCUAUAGUGUCAACCUUAACAUUGAAGCACUGCGGCGAGUCAUCACCGCCGGCGACUGUGGCAGUAGAGUUGAGAGCAAAGUAAUGUCGUUCUUGUUCAAGCAUUCAAUCUUUUAUCGUGAUGGAUACUCAGAGUGUCUCAAGGACACAGACGCUGCUGACUCACUGGAUGAUGGCAUCAUUGACAAUGUAUUCUCAAGCAAUGAUUACAAUCUUGAACUGCCACUGCACUUACUGCUUCACAUCAUUGAUCGACUUGGUCUUUUCAAUCAGUUGUCAUCACUCGUUCGAUAUAAGAUUGGUAAUAAGUAUCACUUCUUGGUUGCCAAUGAUCUAAUCAAAUCAUCAUUACAAUCAAUCAUUGGUCAAUGUGGAUUUGAGAAUACAUCACUCUUUGAAUCAAUGCUACGUCCAAUCAUUCAUUGCAUCAACAAUGUAUCAUCAUUGAUGAGUGUAUCAACAUUCAAAUCACUUGGACAGUAUAGUGGAUACAUCAAAGAUCAAACAUUAAGAUACAGGAUCACGAUGAUGAUGCUUAGAUAUAUAAUCAAGAUUUACAACCCUGACAUGGAGCCUGAUGCAAGGUCAUCAUAUAUACAAUGCUUGGAGAGCCUACACCACGCACUGUUUGAAAGCUGGAUAACUGAAUCAUUCUUUUACCAAGAUAUAGUCCGUGACAAACUCGAACAGUUGCACCAACUGAUAUCCAAAGAGAAGUUCCAGAAUGUUACGGUCGGGAUGAUGAACUUUAAGAUAUACUCACUAUUGCAGAGGAAGAGCGCAUCAAUUGAACAACUCUCUGUCUCCACUCCAUUACCACCACAAUUGGACAUCAAGUCAAUAUUGCUGGAUAAUGAGGCAGUGAUCAAUCAGCAACAUGUACCAACAACAAUAACUUGGUUGCCAUCACUUGGACAUUAUUGCGAUCAACACUACAACUUUAUCACAUAUGUACAUACACUGGCAAUGAUGAAGCCUGCUCUGUUCAUGUCACGAGAUACCAAGGAUGCAGAGUCUUACAUCCACUUCAUUGCCAAUUGUCUGGACAAGUCAGACAUGAACUACCUCGCCACGCCCUUCAUAUUCAUACCAUACUCACUAUCCAAAGUAAUACUUGGAUUGGACAAACAACCUACAAGAUACAUACAUUUUGUUUGCGUAUGGUACAAGUACCUUGACAUGAGAAUAGUCAAUGUUGAUCAAGUUGACUCAUUGGAGAUUGAACCAAUACUCAAUGUUUACUUCUUCUUGGCAUUCAUGUCAACUCACUUUGACAUACCAUUCUUGGAUCAAAUGACUACUCGUUGCCAUGCAUUGCUUCCAAGACUUAUCUCAACACCUGGUGGCGAUGCCAUUAUUGAAUCAUUGUACAGACUGACAGACAUUACACUCAACACAACAAUUCCAUUCACAUUGUUAAGACAACGACAGAAUGAAAAGCAAUCUAUUCAAUCCAUUGUUACCAGGUGUUUCAAUCAGAUCACCAUAACAUCUGAUAUCAGUGGUGAUGGUGACCUGACUGACACUGCACGACAGACUGAGCUGAUUGACUCCUUAAAGAUGGCUACAUUAUUGGAUCCAGAUCAUGUUAUUCUGACGAUUAUCAAGAUGUCAAUCAAAAACAAGGGACAACAAGAGUUCUUGGCAAGGCUGAUGGUGGAUCAUCUAUUGCCAUAUUGUCCGAGAAGAGAGAGCUUCGUGGUUGAGCGACUUCAUCAGACUGUUGGCAUUGAGGAUGAAUAUCAUGGUACUGGUCCAUUGUCAUCAGAACAAGGUCGUGUCAGCUGCAGGACAUUUAUACAAUCAUUCUUGAAAAACGUCACCGUCCUACCAAUCAGAGAGCGUUACAUUACCUCAAUCAUAAUGGACCUUGUAAUCCCAAUCAUACAGAUGCUGAGUGUCAGCGAUGAUCAACAGUCCCCACCCAAGUUCCGAGCAGCCUCAUUCAUACUUCAUAUCCUGGAGGACAUGUUCUCUGACUUUAUAAUCCUUGAUCAUAGAAUAUAUCAAUGGAUAAGCUCACAGGACAGCUAUAGAGAUCACGUUGAUGUCGUACCUGGAGAUAGGAUAGACAUAUUGAUAUCAAUGGGACCCAUCACAUCAUUGUACCAAUCAAUGAUAGGAUCACUCAAUCAUCAUAAUUACGAUACAUGCCAAUCGGAACUACUCCACUUGCUGCGUGUACUUACAUUGGUGCUCGUGAGGAAUGGACAUCAUGAUAUUGUACAAUCACAGCUCGAUACUUGGUCACUAUCACCUAUUCUAAAGUAUCGCAUUCAACACUACCAGACACUUCACUUUGGACCAGAACAGCAACAUGAACUGUCCAACAAUCUCAAUCACAUCCUAAAGGCACCAAUCGAUAUCACCACCACAACCAACUAUCCACUGGUAAUGACGAUCAUUCACAACUUUAUAGAACUGGCAUGUAUCUCCAAGCAACAUGCCAAUGCAAUGGUAGGCAUCGUUAUGUCCAGACUUGAGUCUAGUUCUGGAACACUGCACGAUCACAUUGUACGCACGUUCAUGUCAGACCGUUUCCCUCAAACACUCAUCUUGGUACUUGCACUCCAGCUCCCCUAUGCACCCAAAGAGCACUUUGAGUUGGUUGCCGAACACUUACUACCUAGCAUGAUAAGUGUCGACCUAUUGCCAAGUUCAUUAUCAUCCGUCCACAGACUCAUGCUACGUUUGCUCAAGAUUCAUCUCAAGAUCUUCUCUGAACGCUCAUCCCUCGAUCCACACUCAAUCAACAGUAGCUAUCAGUUCACAAAACGAGUGGCCAACCAGUUUAAGAAAUGGAUUGUCCAAGCCCCGCCCAUCCCAGACGUAGAAGACACGAUUCAGGUGUGUCACCAGCUACUCUUAUGCAUCCAAUGCUACCUGAGCAUUGAUCAGCGCAAUGAUGGCAAACAAUCCUUCUACAUACUCAUACUUGCCAUCGCAGACAAACUGGUUGGAACUACAUCCAUAGAUGACCAAUGUCAUAUAAUACUUGACCAAUGCAAGCUACAAUUGCUCAGUCAUAGCAAUGAUGAGCUUAGCAAAGGAUCGGUAGACACCAAGACACAGACACUCUAUGAUAAGAUAAAAUCAUUGACUGACUAG